CUCCUGCGAAAUCUCACAUGAAUCAGUAAUCUUUCGUCAGUCACGCACGCCUAGAGCUGGGAAAGGGAAAAGGAUUAAAUUUUCCUCAAAUAAUUUCCAAAGUAGGAAAUUUAGUGCGGUCGUCGUUGCUGAAAAAUGUUACAUUUCCAUUGCCGGUGAAAAUUGUACCUGAUGAUGCGGAAAAUUUGAAAAUAUCCUACGAAGGGAUAUUGAAGCGCAACGAUUUGGCAGUGCAAGCGACAAUCUACGGUCGCUGUGAAAGUGCAGCAAGCGAACAGUGGCGCCCGUAGCUGAAGGUUUAUAUUACGCUCGUUUUUUUUUAUACUUUCCGUUUUCGUUGCUCAUUGAGUGAGUCCUGAACGGGAAUUGGAAAACCAGCAAAAAAAACGGUGUUCUUGGAGAUCUAUCGAUAUUAGAUCAUAUCGGGUGUGUCAGAGCUUCUGGUAAGCUCUCUAGGACUUCAAAUUGGAGGCGAAAAAAGCGAAAAUGGUGCUGGCCGACAGAACCACCGAAAAUGUCCGCAACGGCCGAAGAUCACGGGGUCCUAGCCCGAACGGGCACUCAUCUGUCGCGACCACCGGGGGUGUCACCGAAUCUAGCUCAGACGAUGAAAACUCCAGGAAGAAUGGAAGUUCCUCCAAAGCAACGAAGGCUAAAAGCGAAUAUGAAGAGAAAAUUCGCGUCGGGCGAGACUAUCAAGCUGUAUGUCCAGAGCUUGUACCGUCACCGCAGAGGAAACCUGAACAACUGAAUGACCGAGCGUUGCUGGUUUGGUCCCCUACAAAGGAAAUUCCAGACAACAAACUGGAAGAGUAUAUAACGGUGGCCAAAGAGAAAUACGGAUACAACGGCGAGCAGGCACUUGGGAUGUUGUUUUGGCACAAACAUGACCUCGAACGGGCCGUGCUGGAUCUAGCCAAUUUCACACCAUUCCCGGAUGAGUGGACUGUCGAGGAUAAGGUGCUAUUCGAGCAGGCAUUCCAGUUCCACGGUAAAAGUUUCCACCGAAUUCGACAGAUGCUACCGGACAAAUCGAUUGCCAGUCUAGUGAAGUUCUACUACUCGUGGAAGAAAACCCGCAGUCGAACUAGUGUCAUGGAUCGGCAAGAGAAAUUGAAAAAGAACGACAGCUCAGAGAACGGAAGUGACCACGGGAGCAACGAAGAUUCUGACAAUGACGAUAAGCCGUCAGCUGCCACCAAUCAAGCAUCGAACACUGCCCCGAGCCAUGCCACGAGCGCAGGAAGCAACGCAGCUACUGUCCCCAACUCAAACGGCACCGCACAAACCGAAUCGAGCGAUUGUAAAGCCGAUCGAAACGAGACCGAGAGCGGUGGUAACGCCACUCUUCUCAAUACCGCUGCCAAUGGCACAAGUUCCACAACGUCGCUCAAUUGCUCCGGUUGUGGUGUGACGUGUAGUGAUUUGAACGGAACCCCCCAGGGAAAGUUGUGCGGAAGUUGCUACCAUCAUUGGAGACGAACCGGUGUGUUACGUCCUACAUCCGGUCCGACUUUUAUGAGCAAGCGUGCGCGCAAUUCAAAUCUGUUGGGCAAAUCCGGGGACAGUCACAAGCGUAGGCCUCCACGGGGUAUGUACAUAAACCAUGACGACAUUGUCAAACUGGCCAGUUCAGCCCAGAAUAACGAACCCAACCCAAACGACGACCUGCUGGCCGGUAUGGAUAGGGAGAUUGUUUCACUUUGGAGCCAAAUUCAGCUCAAUAAGCAAUGCGUCAGUGGUUUGAAGCGUACCAUCGAGGAACAGUCGAGCUUGAUGCGACCCGCAGAGACUCCCACUGUUCGGGUUAGCUCUCGUUGGAAUAACGAAGAGCUUCUGAUAGCCGUACAGGGAGUUCGUAAAUAUGGACGAGAUUUCCAGGCCAUUGCCGAUACGAUAGGCACCAAAACGGAAGCCCAGCUUCGUACGUUCUAUGUGAACUAUCGACGAAGGUACAAUUUGGACAGCAUUUUGAAGGAACACGAAGCCGAACAAAAACAGCUCAAGGAGCAGAUCCACAACAGCAACAACAAUAAUAAUGGCAGCAACACCAACAAGGAAGAUGACUCAAUGACGACUAUCAGUGAACUUGAAAGCGCUGACACAAGCUCAAUUGUAGGUGAUAAGCUGGAGCUGGAGGAGAGUCGUAAGCCUGUGGAGAAGAAAUUCGCCCCGUCCCAGAACGAGAUAAUGGAGAUCGAUCUUGUAGACGAUGACAUGGUGAACGGUAAGAAGGCGGAAACGGGUGAAGCCACCGAUGGAUCGAUAGGCGCAACGACUGGAGCGGGUGUAGCAUCAACUUCCUCCCUUCCGACGGGUUCGAUGACGGCGAAUGCGUCCGCAAAUCCAGCCUCUACCCCGAUGGAUGUGGAUGACCAUUCUAGCUUCGGGGUGAAACUGUCCGAUUCCGCUGGGAACAGCACGAUUAUUAUAAAAUAAGACAUCUUCUAUAUCCUUGAUUCUUGAUUUGAUCUUUCUCAUUCGACAGUCUUUGUUGAAGAAAUUCAUCACUACCAUUCUGUCUGCAACAGCUGCACAUUUAUAUUUUUUUAUAAUUUUAUUACCUAUAUGUAUUCUAUCGCGUCUAUCACAAUGCUAUCACUGUCCCUACUCGUGCACAAAGAGUAACAAGCGAGUCCUGAGGACAUGUUUGUUCAAUAGUUUAAGAAAAACAAAUCUUUGAAUUACACGACCACAUGGAAUUCAUUG